AUACUGAUUCAUAUUAUAAGUGUAAAAUCAUAGGCAGGAGAGUUGUUUACAUCAUUCGCAUAAUAUGUCCCCACGAAUCUUGUGACAAGGUACAUGCAAUCAUAUCGCAGGUCUUGACGAAACAUCUAGGGAGCUGAGAAGAUUUCGUGUGACGCAAUGGUGUUACGUACUGCGCCAACAGUUCCACUGUAUAAAUACCUUCUGCGCAACUUAUCACAACGAUGGAAACUGAUCAAUUAUCAAGCAGCUGUUCUUAUUCUCACUUUCAUGGCCUACACAUCAUACCACUUGGCCAAACGCUCUUUCAGUAUUGUAAAAUCUGAGUUGGGAUGCAACAAAACAAUGAAUAACUCUUGUGAACCUUGGCCUCCUUUUGAUGACCAGAAGAAGAAUAAAGACUUGUUUGGUCUGUUGGAUUGUGCUUUUUUGAUGUCAUAUGCACUUGCUAUGUUUGUGAGUGGCUAUAUAGCGGAACACACAAAUUUAAGAAUCUAUUUAAGUGCUGGCAUGGUGUUAACUGGCGUUUUCACUGGAUUGAGUGGUUUGGCUUACUAUUUGAACAUACACUCCUUAUCGUUUUUCGUGCUUCUACAAAUUAUUACUGGCAUAACACAAUCUACAGGAUGGCCUUGUGUGGUUGAGGCGGUUGGCGUUUGGUUUCCCGAGGGUCGUCGUGGUUUUGUUAUGGGCGUGUGGAAUACCCACGUUUCGAUUGGAAAUAUUCUCGGUUCCCUGGUAGCCGGUGCAUUCGUUGACACUAACUGGGGUCUGUCGUUUGUUGUUCCUGGUAUUAUUAUUGCGUCCGUAGGCGUGAUUAUCUUUAUUUUUUUGAUACCUCAUCCAAGUCACGUUGGUUUGCACGAACACAAGAAACAACCCGCCUUCACACCUUCACGAACUGAUAUACUUCCAAGUCCUGAUCCUUUGCGAAAACCUAACAAAGAAGAAGUUGAGGAAGAACAAGUUGAACCGAAAGCCAUCGGUAUAUGGGGUGCAUUAAGAAUACCUGGCGUGGUAGAAUAUUCGCUUUGUUUAUUUUUCGCUAAACUAGUCAGUUACACUUUCCUUUUCUGGUUACCAUAUUACAUUCAACAAACUCCAAUCGACGGUAAAAAGUACGAUUCCGGUAAAGCUGCAGACUGGGCAACACUCUUCGACGUUGGUGGAGCUGCUGGGGGGAUCGUCGCUGGCCUGCUCACUGAUUACACCCACCAUCCGGGUCUUGUAAAUGUGAUCAUGUUGUUAUGCGCUGGUCCAAGUUUGUUUUUGUUUUAUUUUCACGGUACAGCCAACGUGACACUGUUUGUCACUUACAUGAUCAUCUCAGGAUUCUUUGUAAAUGGCCCCUAUGCGCUGAUAACAACUGCUGUGUCAGCAAGUCUGGGAACACACGAAUGUUUAAGAGGCAACACAAAAGCAAUGGCAGUGGUGACAUCUAUCAUCGACGGAACGGGAUCUUUAGGUGCCGCCAUCGGACCUUUAUUAGCUGGCGUUAUAUCUGAAUCAACUGGUUCAUGGACUGACGUGUUUUACAUGUUAAUUAUAGCCGAUAUCAUCGCGGCAAUACUUCUAUCCAGACAGUUUGCGCACGAAGUGAAAGAAGUGUAUGUUAAGCUUAGGUACAGACUAGGACGAUCGAACAGCGAUUCUGUCAAUACCUUCGAUGAGAAUGAACCUUUGCUAAGCACUGCGUAGUACAUUGUUUUUAUUAGCAACAAUUUUUAUUCGCAUUUGUGCACGUCUUUGUUAACUACCUGGUUUGUUUGAUCCUUUUCUUUAAAAAAGAAUAAACGCGUGUUAGUUUGUUUAGUUGUAUUUGAAUUUGAGUAUUUUAUAAAAAUUUUGCUUAAAUAUUAAUUCACUUUAAUGGUACUAUUUUUUGCGGGUAUUAAAUUUUGCGCGAAGUUUGAAUUUAACCAUCAUUGAGUAUCCGCGAAAAUAUUGCUUAACGCACCGAAAAGAUAAUUUCCGCCAUGAAAAAAUAACUAAAAUUUAAAUUCUACACAGUAAAAAGAGAACGCUGUUCUGUUAAAUAUAUUUAAUCUUUGACAAACUCUGCAAAAAUACUAUAUAUGGGAAUUUUUUGUCAAUUUUUUUUUCUUUUAGAGAAUCUGCUGAUCGUGAAUUUUGUAACUUAAUCUCAAAUAUUUAAUAGCAUUAUUACAUCAUUUGCCAAAAUUAAUAGCCUCGAUUUUUUUUUGCAAAUAAUCGCGAAAUAAGCACCAUUAUAGUAGUGUUAAUUUUAAUUGAUCAUCAGAGUGUGGUUUUGUUUCUAAUAUUCAUUACAUUUGCCAUUAUACCUCCUUACACGGCAGUAAAACUUCUCUAUGCAGAGCAAUAUUAGGUAUAUUGUAACCGGAGGUGGUCCUUGCCUCUGGUAAUAAUUGUAAUCAAUUUAUAUAUAUUAUUAAUAUAAAAAAUAUUUUUGAUUUCUCGCAAAAAAAUUGUACAUAUAAUUGUUUUAAAUAAUACCUGUGAAAAAUUCAAA